AUGGCUCUAGUUAUUUCUCCGGAUCAAGGCCCGGUGACAGAGGAAGUCCAGAAGAACAAGAAAGAGCAGAAUACCGAGGAAGAGCAGAAUACUGAGGAAGAGAAAGAGAUCAGGGAAGAGUUGGAGACGGUGGAAGACCGGGAGAUCGAUGAAGAGCGGGAGACCGAGGAAAACAAGGAGACCGAGGAAGACAAGGAGACCGAGGAAGACCACCAAGCGACCAGGGAUAUUGUAGGCGCGGCGGACGAUGAACCCAAAUCUCGCCAAUCACCAUCAGGUGUUGAAGCUUUCCUCCGAUACCAUGCGAAGGAAAGGGAACUAGAAAACCUCAAAUAUUUAGAGGUUCGAGCUAGCGCCCGUCGAGUAUCCCAAUCAUCGGACAAGAGCGAUGACAUACCCGGUGGAGUGAGAAUCUACAGCUCAAAAGAGACAGACCACCUCAACACGCCGCGUAUAAGGUUUACAAAAGAGGGUGCUGCGCUCUACACACAAGGUGGGUCGGGCCAUUCCCGUGAUCGUGAGCGGGGUGCGGGGAGGAAAGCUCCCACGCGAGAGAAAAUGCUUGCAAUACCAAAAAAGAUAUUUGCAAACAAAGACAAGCGUGAGGAUCGUAUGCGUGCUCAUGAAGAAUUAAAAAUGUCAAUCUCCAGCCCCACAGAGCUUGCUCGCCCGAUCUUACACCCGUGGCACCGCUCGACCCCCGAUGUCAUUUAUGAACGGCUUUGUUUCCAUUUUAAGGACCACUGCGUCGAUGUUAUUGGUAAUAAUGUGAUCGUACAUAAAACCUACAAGUGUUCGAUCACUUGCACCAGUACUCCUGUCCAUUGGUUGUGGUUGGCUAAGCCGACGGGGGUUUUUAUACGUCUAUUGAAGGGAAAGGGGAAACAAACGUGUGUGAACGAUCCGGGGUUCAGUGUACCUGUUAUGAUGUGCAAGAUGUGUAGAGGGAGAGUCGACCUCGACUAUGAACCCUGUUCAGCCGGAUACGGCAUCAGUCCUGCUAGCCCCAGUGGGAGCCAGGUGUGA